AUGUCAGACGAUAAAGGGUCAUUGAAUUACCUUCCAAUUUAUUCAUUCCUCUUUCUGAAUGAAAAAGAUUCUAGCUUAUAUAAUGCUUAUGAUAGAAUUUAUGACUUGUCUGGAAUUCAUGAAUGUAUUAAUGGUCAAAAACCUUUAAGAGCUGUGAUUGAAAUAAAUGUUUUACAAGCAGAUAUGAAAAUUACUGAUGUUAAGACGCAAGAAAAUGAUCUCAAUGGUUUAGUAAUUGCUACAUCAUCGAACCCUAGCAAGUGUAGCUACCAUAUUUUAUACGUACUGGCUCUUCUUAUUGAUCAUCACGAACUCAAAGCAUUUACUAAAUUAGUAUAUACCAUAACUGGUGAAAAAUUUGGCAAGUUUAUUGAUCAAAAAUUAUCUGUUCAACCACCUACUAGUUUGGGACUUGAAGUAAGACCUCAGAUACUUAGUGAAGAAAAAAAUAAUAAUCUACUAAGAAUAAUUGUAGGUCAGGAUGUAUUGCAAAAAUGCGCGAAACUUAUUUUGCAAAAGUAUUCUAACUAUCUUAGAGAUUGGACUAUUGAAGAAAAAGACUCAGAAAACUUCAUAUAUUUCAACUGGAAAGGUAGUAAUGAAUCUAGAGAAGUUUUUGAAUGCAACUUAUCUAUCGCAGAAAAAAUUAGACAAGAAAAUAAAAAUUCUUCACAAUUAUCUCACAAGGUACAAAGUCAUUUAGCAGGGCAAUCAAUAGAGAAAUUGUAUAAACUAAUUCAAGAAGCGAGAUGCAUUAUCAUUAUACAUAAUGAUCUUACUGAUCUUAAUAUUAAAUGGAUUAAGAUCUUUCAUAAGUAUAAACCAUUCUCUAUUAUCUGCAAUACUUUUCAACCCCAAAAAGAUUGGGCCAAGCAGAUAUCUUCAUUACCUUUUGAGAAUCGUAAAAGUGUAUCACUUAUUUGCCAUCUUAGAAAAGAUUUACAAGGAAUUAUUUGUGCUCUCAAGACUGAAUUUUCAGAACUAAGGAUCAAGAAAUAUUAUGGUAAAUCUGAUCCAAUGGAAAAAGCUCAAGAUUUCAGCAAC